GACUGCGCUCCUUAUGGCCUGGUGAGUGCCUAGAGAAGCUCAGGCUGGAACCAGUGGAGGGAACCUUUGAAUUUCUGGAGGGGUUCACAGAAGACCCUUAACAAAGGGCUGGAGACAGAGGCAGCACUCACCAAAGCUUCAGAGGGAGAGCUGGGAUGAGGAGCUCGAGGUGGAUGGUAGGAUAUCGAGUUUAGCCCGGGAUAGAGGAGUGAGUUCUCGGCUGAAUCCUUGGGGCUGUGCUCCGGGGAGGGAGCCAGGGAUAAUGCCAGAAGGAGGCGGACCUCUGGAUAGCAAGCUUGGAUUCUUUCCGUUUGGGUCAGCCUGACUAGUUCUGGAAAGGAGGCUGUUUAAGCAUGUCGGGAGGACCCUGAUCUUUGAUUAUAGGGUGUGAUCUGAAAAGAUGGAGUUACACUCCAAGUUGAUCAGGAAGCUUAAGGCCGGGAAAGAAGAAUCAAUUAAUCAAAACCCCCUCCCUUUCUGCUUGCCGCCUGUGCUGAUAAUUAGGAUUACGAAGUGUGAUGUGGUGUGUAUGGAGACUCUGUAGACCCACAUCUCCAUCAGCCCCUUUUAGUCUUUAGGAUCUUCCAUGUAGUGAGUGGGUAGCAGCCUUGCCAGCAGGAACAGUGGCUCACCAUGCAGUCCACCGCCCCCCAUCCCUCCUGGGUUACCCAACCUGUUCCUAUCUGGUCCUCCAUUCCUUCCUAAAGUUUCUCCCUAUACUAGCUACAGAAGGAGGAUUGACAGAGGGACUCAGAAGGCAGCCAGGACCUGGCUUGACAGUGCCAGGCUAUCAUCAUCAGCCAACAGGUUCAAUUUCAUUUACUGUCUGUUUCAUUUGAGAUCUGGGUCCUGGCUUUAUCUCCUUCCCUGUUAAAUGUCCAAUGCUUAAAGGGGGGUGAGUACAAUUGAAGAGCUAGGAAGUGGCAGUGGGCAAACAAGGUUGGCAGCAAAAGGAAUAGAUGCCAGGUUAUCCACAAGGGUCCAGUGUAAAGAAGGUACACACACACACCAGGCUACUCCCCAUCCCUGCCUCAGGUCUAAGUGGUAGAAGAAGAAAAGCUCCUUAGACUCCUCUCCUUCCCCCUCAUUUCCCUUCUAGACGCUGACAGAGGCAAAAAUCUGCUAACUCAGGGGGCAGACUCAACCAGGGCUGCAGGGAGGCCUGGGGAAUGAUCCCCUGAUCUCCAAAAGGUGCCUUCCACGGCUGUACAGCCAUCUCCAGCUCUUUCUGCCACUCAUGGCUCUUGACCCUGGCUCUGUUCCUAUUUAAUGUCACUUCCCUUGUGACACAUGGGCCCUCUGUCUCCUGCCAGGACCAUGAGGCUCUGGAGGCCUCGGAGCCUGGGGGUGGCUCUGGGAGUCUUCAUGACCAUUGGAUUUGGCCUCCAGUUCUUGGGGGGAUCGUUCCAGAAAAGGCUACCUGGACUGCAGCUCCGACAGUCCUGGAUCCCUUCACUGGAAUCAACUGUUAAGUCUUGCCUACCCCGACAGCGACUUGUGUUCUUGAAGACACACAAAUCUGGGAGCAGCUCUGUGCUCAAUCUCCUUCAUCGCUAUGGGGACCAGCAGGGGCUACGUUUUGCCCUGCCUGCCCACUACCAGUUUGGCUACCCAAAGCUUUUCCAGGCUUCCAAGGUCAAAGGCUACCAUCCCCAGAGUUCGGAUACCCAGAAACCUUUCCAUAUUCUGUGUCAUCACAUGAGAUUCAACCUGAAAGAGGUACUUCAGGUCAUGCCUUCUGAUAGCUUCUUCUUUUCCAUUGUCCGAGAUCCAGCGGCUCUAGCCCGCUCUGCCUUCUCCUAUUACAAAUCAGUUUCAUCGGCUUUCCGAAAGGCACCUUCUUUGGCCGCCUUCCUGUCCAAUCCUCAAGCCUUCUACAGACCCGGGGCCCGUGGCAACCACUACGCCCGUAACUUACUAUGGUUUGACUUUGGUUUGCCCUCUCCCCCAGAGACAAAGACCAUGAAAGUGAGUCCCCAACUACCUAGAGACCCCAAAUCCCUCCAGCUACAUAUUGUACCUUCCGGAGCUAGCCCUGGAACUCUCUUCCGACCUAUUACCACAGCUGCUGAUAGUUACAAGCAGCCAGCCAGCCUUGUCUCCUCAGAUUUUAGGCCCUCAUCCUUUAUCCAGUGGGGUCUGGCCUGGUUGGACUCAGUCUUUGACCUGGUCAUGGUGGCUGAGUACUUUGAUGAGUCACUGGUUCUGUUGGCAGAUGCCCUGUGCUGGAGUCUGGACGAUGUGGUGGGCUUCAUGCACAAUGCCCAGGCUGGAAGAAAGCAGAAUAUUAUCAGAACUGCCAAUAAGACUAUGGUGACUGGUGAAGAUCAGCAGCUAACUGAACAGGCCCGAGCCUGGAAUAACCUAGACUGGGCUCUUUAUAUUCACUUCAACCGUAGUCUGUGGGCACGGAUAGAACAGUAUGGCAGGAGCCGGCUGCAACGUGCUGUAGCUGAGCUCCGGGCUCGAAGAGAAGCUCUGGCUAAACGCUGCUUGAUGGGAGGUGAAGCUUUAGACCCCAAAUACAUCGCUGAUGUAAAGCUCCGUCCUUUACAGUUUGGUUCAGCUAAAGUAUUGGGCUAUGUACUUCAGAAUGGACUAAACCAGAAAGACAAAGAGGAAUGUGAACGCUUGGCUACUCCAGAGCUACAGUAUAAGGAUAAACUUGAUGCUAAGCAGUUUCCUCCUACAGUCUCCUCGCCUCUCAAGACCUCAAGGCUACUGCCUCCAUAGGUAUCAGACUACAAAUUAGGACAUAUACGACGGGUAGAGGACCUCUAGGUGCAUAUGUAUUUCCCUUGGAAGGAACAGGGAGUUUGCUUUUGCUCUAAGGUGAAAUGGUUGUCUGGACUUCCUCUAGAAAUCCCAGCAGUAUAUGUUUCCUCCCCCAACCCCUAACUUUGCCACUUCAAGCCUCAAGACAGAUUCAUGUAGCAGAUCCCCAAAACCCCCUGGAGGGGCAAAAGAUGAGAGCGACACAGAGAAAGUUUGGGGCAUGAUAUAUGUCCAUUUCUCUACAAAAUAUAUGUUAUGGAGCUGUGUUAAUUUCACUGUAAAAAUAUUUGUUGGAUGAAUAAAUGCUAUGAAAUAUUUACUUAUUUUUUAAAA